GGAAAAGUUGACCUUCAGAACGGCUAACCUUACAUUACAAGAUCUGUUUCUAGGGCACUAAAAGAUGACGAAAGAAAAGCCAGGUUUCUUAACUCCGAAGGCUAUAUCCAACAGAAUCAAAUCCAAGGGACUUCAGAAGUUGCGGUGGUACUGUCAGAUGUGUCAAAAACAAUGUAGAGACGAAAAUGGUUAUAAAUGCCAUACAAUGUCUGAGUCUCACCACAGACAAAUGAAGCUCUUCGCUGAAGAUGGUGGAAAGUUCAUUAGUAGUUUUUCCUCCGAGUUUUUGAAAGGAUACCUUGAUAUAUUGCGUCGGCAGUUCGGUGGGAAACGCGUGCAUUCUAAUGUUGUUUAUCAAGAAUAUAUCAAAGACAAAGAACAUGUACACAUGAAUGCAACAAGAUGGCAUACACUUACUGGGUUAUGCAUGUGGCUUGGUAAACAGGGAAUUUGCAAGGUAGAUGAGACUGAGAAAGGGUGGUUUAUCGAAUACAUUGAUCGUGAUCCAGAAAAGUUGAAAAAACAAGAGCAGAGUGAGCGUCUGGAAAAAACAGAAGAUGAAAUCAAUAAACAGUUUCUUGAGCGUCAAAUCGAACACAAUAUCAGCAAAGUUGAACAAGUAGAAGGUCCUUUGUAUACUCCUCUCAUCCGCCCCAAUGAAGAUGAACCAAUUAAAUUGGAGAUCUCUUUGUCCCAGAAAAAGCCACCUGUUCAGACAGCAAGCACAGAGACUGACCCCUCUCAAGGUCCCUCAUCGGAAAAACCUCAAAGUCUGAUGACGUUAGGCCCGAAAAAGGAGAAGACUGUAAAUCCACUCUUAAUCGCUGAGAAAAAAGCACGUGAAGAAAAGUCAAAGUCCAGUUCUGAAAAAAAACAAGAUGCACGUACCACAACAGCUUCUGCGGUUCGUCGACGUGCCUUGGAUGAGCUGAUGGAAAAAGAAGAAGCCUUUAAAGACAAGAGAAACCGAAGGGAUUACUGGAUGACAGAAGGAAUUGAAGUAAAGCUAAUUAACCGCAAACUUCCUGACGACCUACGUUGGAGGCAUGCUACAGUUGUAAAGAUGCUCGAUAAUUACACGGCUAUCGUACGGACAGUGGAGUGUCACACAAAAAUCAAAGUAGAUCAAAACCAUGUUCAAACAGUUAUUCCUGAACCAUUAUCAACAGUUCUUAUUGUUAAUGGUGCUUAUCGAGGAGAGUACGCUACGUUAGAGCAAGUUUUUAAAGAAAAGAAUACAUGUGAAAUAACAGUGAUGACUGGUCUGUGUAUGGGUCGUUUGGUCAAAAAUGUUUCUUUGGAUGACAUUUGCAAAUUGUCAGAAGCAAGACAGGAACAGUAGGAUUAUUUUCAUUUGCCUUUAGCUAUACAGACUUUUGUUGUUCAUUUAUAAUAUGUACAGUAUUUCCCAAAUAACAAUCAGAUAUACACUUCUUCUCUUUCAUGUUAUUAUUUUUGAGCAUUUUUAAAAUGAAAAACCAGGUUCUUGUUAUCAUAAAAAAAUCAUUUUAGAGGAGUUGUGGUGGAUAUUAAUUCGUCCAUCUGAAAAUUUUUAUUAAAGUAUCUAGUGAAG